AUGGCUACUUGUUCUAUCUCCUUAGAAUCGGGUAAGAGGCCUCAUAUCCUCACGAUAGCAGGUAGUGACUCGGGUGGGGGAGCUGGUAUACAAGCAGAUCUGAAAACCAUCGAAGCUUUUGGGUGUUAUGGUUCUUCAGUACUCACUGGAUUGACUGCACAAAACACUUUGGGUGUUCAAGCUGUUCACGAAGUCCCAACUGAUUUUGUCAUUCAACAGCUCGAAUCAGUCGUUUCUGAUGAUCAACCCACGUGCAUAAAACUCGGUAUGCUCACCAACGCAUCUAUCAUUCAAGCAUUAACCACAAAAUUGAAAGAAAUCAAAAACGUCGUAAUCGUUCUAGAUCCAGUGAUGAUAUCAACUUCAGGUCAUACUUUAUUACCUGAAAAUGCGAUUGAGGCCUUGAAAGGAUUAUAUCCACUAGUACAAUAUUUCACACCCAAUAUACCUGAAGCUAUACGACUAAGCGGUUUCAGACCCGAUGGGGAUGGGGAUGGGGAUGCAUCAAAGUUGAAUUUGGAAGAUAUGAUUGAAUUAGCAAAACAAACCAAUUCAGUUAUUGGGUCAUCGACUGUUCUGCUAAAAGGUGGUCAUGCGAAUAUAUCAAGAAAAGAAGUUUCAUCUUUACCAAAAGGCAAAUAUAAGAUUAUCUGGGAACAGGGUGAUGAUGAUUUAGAUACAAUAGAAGUACUAUCGUUAUAUUCCAGAUAUUCAGGUAUAUCCAAAAAAGAAGAUGAUAAUCUGGUAGUUGACAUAUUAGUGAAUGGAGGUGAAAUAAUCGCUUUAUUCGUUAGUAGGAAAAUCAACAGUAAAAGUACACAUGGAACGGGAUGUACAUUGAGUACCGCUAUAGCCUGUUCAUACGCAACUGAGGAAUCGACUGGUGAAGGAGAUCACACUUUACGUAUAUUCAAAAAAGCGAUUGGAUAUACACAAUCAGCUAUAGCUUCUGCAUAUCCAUUUGGAAAUGGUCAUGGCCCUUUAAACCACGCCCAUCUCAGUGUAAGAAGAGCUCUGCCACCACCAACCAAACAUAACCCUCAUCCUUUCUUGAGCCAUCUAAUCCAAUCAAACUUGCCACUAUGGAAGUCAUAUGUUCAACAUCCGUUCGUCGUACAACUUGGAAAAGGUACUUUACCAAAAGAGUGUUUCGAACAUUACAUCAAACAAGACUAUCACUACUUAAAGCAUUAUGCUCGAGCACACGCCUUGGGAGCGUAUAAAGCAGAUACAUUCCAGGACAUCGCAGCCUUUACCAAAAUUGCUGCUCAUAUAGCUAAAGAAGUUGACAAGCAUGUGUGGUACUGCGAGUCAUUCGGUAUCUCACGAGCCCAAUUAGAAGCUGAACCUGAAUCUUCACCUUGUGCAGCAUAUGCACGAUACGUCAUUGACGUCGGAACUCAAGGAGAUAUACUUGAUUUGUACAUGUCAGUAGCAUCAUGUUUGGUUGGAUACGGUGAAGUUGGAUUAUGGUUGCAGAAGCAAGUUGAAUUGGGUGAAGCUACUCUAGAAGGUAAUAUAUACAAAAGGUGGAUGCAAGAUUAUUGUGGGGAAGAUUUCUUACAUGCUGUUGAAAUUGGUAUAGAAAACCUAGAACGUAGGAUAGCAGAAGAUCCACCCACCGAAGCUAAAUUAGCUAGAUUGACUAAAAUAUGGCACGAAUGUGUUAGGUUGGAAUCUGCAUUUUGGGAUAUGGGGUUGAAAUUGAUCAAGUAA